AUGAAAUUGCUCGUCUGUGUUCUCGCUCUUGUGGCUUUGAGCUACGCUCAAACUGAGCCAAUCCCAAUCAUCAAAUAUGUCAACGAGGGUGUGAAUCCCGAUGGUUCUUACGAAUGGAGCUAUGAAACUGGUAACCAAAUAACCGCCCAAGAACAGGGUCAGCUGAAGAACGCCGGUUCCGAAAACGAGGCGGAAGAAGUGCAGGGGCAAUACUCCUACGAAGCCCCCGACGGCACCAAGAUCUCCCUUCAGUACGUGGCGAACGAGAACGGCUUCCAACCCGUCGGCGAUCACAUCCCAACGCCACCACCAAUCCCGCCAGCGAUCCAGAAAGCUCUGGAAUGGAUCGCCGCCCAUCCAGAACCCGAGGACAAACAAAGAUUGUAGAUUGAAUCAACAUUUUAUACUUUUUUAUAAAUAAAUUUUGUAAUAUAAAA